CUCGCUAUUGUGGCGCGCGCUGCUGGGUUUUUGUCGUACCAUCUACAAACACGGAAUGGAGCACCACUCCCAGUCAGCUGAUCCAUUACGGAACCUCAGUGAGCACGAGAUAAGGCUGCUGCGUGAGUGUUACGGUCGUGGAUUGCCUGGUACGCUAGCUCCAUACUUAUUCAUCGAUAAUCACCUGAAGUGGUGCGACAAGAUUCGAAACGUUUCGGUUGAUGGCAGCAGCACCGAGGAAUGGACUAUAGCGGCGAGCUUGCGGUUGCAGUUUUACACACUUUUGGAUGCCGAUCUGAAAGAUCUUACGACAACCGGCACAUUUGUAGCAGUUACCGAAGCAGAAAAAAACCCGGUGGUGACAUUCUGGACGCUUCGCGAGGACUUGUCGCAGUUACAAAGUGCCCUUUUCGAAACCGCCUGGAUCGAUUGGCGUAAGGAUCCAGCGUUCAGCUGCGUCGCACUGGAGCACUAUUCGAUGCUUCAGGCGGUUGUGCAGAAAAAAGCACCCCAUCUUGAGUUCCGGAACUCCACCUUCUUCCGUUUACCCCGAGAAGAAGCCAAAAAGAUGUUGGUGAGCGUUCCGGAAGGUUACGAGAUAUUGCCACUUGACGCGAAGCAUGCACACCUAAUCAACGCUACUUGGCCCCAUCGGUACGAGGGUUCGGAGCACUACUAUCGAUCACUACUGCAGUUAAAUGGAGGACUUGCGCUGGUAACCGGAGAAAAGCGCGACCAACUUGCCGGCUGGGUGCUGACGAACGAAUAUGGCGCGGUAGCUCAUUUGUACAUUCAGCCCGACCAUCGACAGCGUGGCUUGGCGUCGGUACUCGUUAAGGCCUGGGUGACUCAGAUGGUGGCCACGUGGGAAAUGACCGGCGACGAAAUCGAAGGUUCGGAAGUGAUUGCGUACAUACUGGAUGUGAACCAUGCCUCUAGAACACUCUUCCAGAAGCUAGGGUUUAUCGAAAUGUCCAAAUCUCGAUGGUCGAAUCCUACCAACAAGGUACAGUAAUUCCAUAACAAAAACACACAAAACGGACAGCAAUUUUCGUAUACCUGUUAGCUGACGGCUAACCGAAAUAUCACAGGUAGCUCACAAUAAUUUCUAGCCAUUCUACAUUUGAGAACCAUGU